UUUUGUUCCGCUUGGAAAAGGAAACGCAACUUCCGUUAUCAUCUCGUAGAAGCGCCUGUCUUGUUAAACACACCAACUGUAAUCUCCGCGUUUAAGUAAUGGAUGAGACGGAGGUUAGGAGAACUCCAUCUGUAAUUGACCGAUAUUUCACGAGGUGGUACAAAACAGACCUCAAGGGUAAACCAUGUGAGGACCACUGUAUCCUGCAGCAUUCGAACAGAAUCUGUGUGAUCACUCUCGCUGAGUCACACCCCCUUCUGCAGAAGGGGAAGGCUAUACAGAGCGUCAGCUAUCAGAUCAGCGCCGGCUGUAGCCGUCUACAGAACAAAGUAUCAGGGAAAUCAAAACGAGGCGGCCAGUUCCUCACAGAGCUCGCACCACUCUGCAGGAUAAAGAGCAGCGACGGGGAGGAAUAUACUCUGUACAGCUGUGUGCGGGGCCGUCUGUUGGAGGUCAAUGAAGACAUUCUCACAAGGCCAAACCUUUUACUUGAGAAGCCGUGCGCCGAAGGCUACAUUGCGGUCCUCCUCCCAAAAUUUGAGGAGAGCAAGAGCCUAACGGACACCCUCCUCACCAGAGCCCAAUACGAAGACAUUCUCUUGAAAAGAUCAGCUGUGAAAGUGGACCAGUGAGGGGAUUGGGAGGGACAUGGUUGCUAUGGAUACCAUGGCCAUUUGCCGACAGAGCCUGAAAGGUCACGGCUUUUGCUGCAUUGUGGGUAAACCUGGACGGACACUCCAUCCUCUCCACUGCUUUUUGUUGGGCUCUUUUAAGACACAAACCUUUCAGACUUGGGACAUGUAAUUUGGCGUAAUCAGCUGUUCCUUAUGAAGACAAACUCAAGACCAUUUAAGGUUACGAGUAAAGGACCUUUUAUUUGAAAAGUUAAACAUGUACAGACUUAUGGGAAAGGUAAAAGAAAAUAAAUGGAUUUACUUAGAAAAAUAAA